UUUAAUUGUAUUAUCAGAGCUCUGUAUCCACCAGUUUCUUACCAAGGGUCGGGACGCGUUGGCCUUCAUCUGGACGAGUUCUUGACAAUAUUGCGCAAUGGAUAGCUCAAAGUCUAGCUGGGAACAAUAUCUUCCUCGCAUGCCCUUAUAAGGUAUUUCGUCCAUGACUGUUUCGUCAUAGGAAGUAGCUGGCUGUGUCCUUAAUACAUUUCCAAACUCGAUAAUAGUUCCUCAUACAAACUACAAAAAUGUCGAUGUCCUCGAGGUCGCUGUUUCUGUUGAAGACACGUGACUUAACCGUACAGGAUCACAGUAUGAACAUUGAGGUGAUGCUGGCACCAAAUAGGACUUACUUAUUGAUGAACAAACACAAAACUCUGAACGCCAAGAGUAACAAACAAAAUCAUGAUGUAGAGAGACAGCGAGACUCCUCCACACACUCGUACAUCUCCGAGAAACGUCUCGUGGACCGCCGGAACCAGGAAUUCUACAUCAAACGGGUCAACAUGUUCCUCAAUCAGUUAUCGCCGAACACCCGCACUACCGUCCUCGACAGAAAGUCCUUCUCUCCCAGUUUAAAUAAAAUACAGUACGAAAACAAACAGGCAACAGAAGCGGAGAAAGUAAAAAAACCGAACACUAAGCCAAGAGUCAAAUCAGAACCAUGCACACCACGAGGUUCUUUAAGUUCAAGCUUUCCUCUGAUUCCGACUGACAGACGUCAAUCUAAAUCAUCUGUAGGUUUUCACGAGAGAGCGAAAGAUAAAGACACGGUUGUAAAACAGACAAACUCGUUUGGUCGUUCGAGCGUGGCUGUAAAGGGGGGUAAGCUAACCAUCCAGGGAGGUCGCUUUCAAAAUGAAAUCAGAUCUAAAGAACAGAAUUGCAUCUCGCCCGUCCCAGAAUACUUCCCUCCAGUUUCGCCGACACACAAUAUCACUAGGGAUGUUAUUACACCAACCAAUCCGAAUCCAUCACCACAACCAGUCCUACGGGACCAUAAUAAGAUAUUUCCGUCCCGAACGGAAAUAAAGAAAGUUAAAUUUGUGUCAACAAAGGAUCAAAAUGGUUACAAAAAGUGGCAAGAAACACAGACCAAAGAGAAACACAAAAUAAAAUACUUAGACAAAAAGAUAGAAGGAUUUAUGAUGGACCAGUUAAAAUUUAACCAGUCCAAUAGAAUAUCUCACUUUGAUAAGCGAGUCGUCAACACGACGGAGGACGGUAAAAUUUCAAACAAAGGAAAUCUUAUCGAGAUGUUUGACGCGUUUUGUCAAACAGGAGGUAAGCAGCAGAUGCAUAAGCUUGUCAAGAUGGCUGCCAAAAUGAAAGUCAAAAGAAGUACAGCUACAUCGAGUACGUCUCUCGCGCCAUCAAUCGCAUCCUUCAAAAACUCGCAGACAUUCAGGCGCUUGAACGAAGUACUUGUGAGGUCCUAACUCCGACAGCUCUGGAAUAUAUAUAUAACGAUCUUUGUGUGUCGAUGUCUGGAUGUUAUGUUGUUUAACCAGGGGGUAGUAUAGAUCCCCCGGAAUCUCUGUCAAGAACAUUGGAUUAAAAAUGCCUGUUGAUAAACGAUUCUGUAUUGUCAUUUAAAUAAAACAAUAACUCAUUUUAACAUUGAACUUUUAUACUAGUAUAGAGUUGAUAUCAAUCAAUCGAUUUGGGUGACAGAUAAAUGGAAUGUCGGCCAGUCAGCCUCCAAAUUAAAUCCGUUUUUUGCGCAUUGAUAUCACAGGUACUUGUGGACAUGAUUAUGAUGUUUCUGAUUAAAAUGUUAUGUUAUAGACGAGUAAAUUAUUGUAUUACAA